UGCAAAAUACAAUGCUUUCAGCAAAUUCUGUCGUUUUGAUGCUACAACGCCUAUAUAAAAGAAGAGAAGAAGAAAUAAUAGACUUACGUCCCUUGCGGCAUUGCCAAAAUGAGUAGUGCAUUAGUUUUAGUACUCUCUCUUUUGUGCCUCACAGCUUCUGCACAAUGUUAUGUUUGGGGAAAAUAUGGUCCUCUUGGAAAACUUACCAAGGUGAAACGCUCAAAGAAAUCAGUCGACAAUCUUUCUGAGGAUGACGUUGUCACUGAGUAUUCACCAGUUUAUAUAGCACCUCAGGAAGGAUUAAAGGAAGCUGACAAGAUCUUAACUUUGCCUGGACAACCAAAAGUGAAUUUUUCUCAGUAUUCAGGAUAUGUAACUGUUGAUGAUAAGGCUGGAAGAGCACUCUUUUAUUAUUUUACCGAAUCUGAAGACCCUUCUAGCAAACCUCUAGUGCUGUGGCUAAAUGGAGGACCUGGCUGCUCAUCAAUAGGAAGUGGAGCAAUGACAGAACAAGGACCCUUUCGGGUUAAUCCUGACGGUAAAACUCUAUGGUAUAACAAAUAUGCAUGGAACACUGUGGCAAAUGUCCUCUUCUUGGAAUCUCCAGCUGGUGUUGGCUUUUCGUAUUCCAAUACAUCAUCAGAUUAUAUUACUGGGGACAAAAAAACUGCAGCAGAUUCAUAUACCUUUUUGGCGAACUGGUUGGAAAGAUUUCCAGAGUACAAAACUCGGGACUUCUACAUAACUGGAGAGAGUUAUGCUGGUCAUUACGUGCCUCAACUUGCUUAUUUGAUCCUCGAAAACAACAAAAUCACAAAUCAAACUGUGAUCAACCUGAAAGGGAUUGCUAUUGGGAAUGCAUACAUAGACUAUACGGAUAGGUGGACAGGCACUUAUGACCAUUUCUGGACAAGUGCUCUCAUAUCUGACGAAAUUCAUGAAGGCAUAAUUUCAAAUUGCAAUUUUUCUUCUGAGGCCACUGUUUCAGAUGUCUGUGAAGAAUACAUGGAUCAAGCAGACAAGGCCACAGAAAACAUCUUCAUCUAUGACAUUUAUGCUCCAUUGUGCAAUUCCUCUUCAAAUGCUCCCUCGAUAUCAGGAUUUGAUCCAUGCUCAGACAAUUAUGUCUUUGAAUAUUUAAACAUCCCUGAAGUUCAAAAGGCUCUUCAUGCUAACACCACUGGAGUUCCUGGACCAUGGGCAGAUUGCAGCUACGACAUAGAGUGGCAGGACAUGCCAGAUACAGUGUUACCUACCAUAAAGAAGCUGAUGGCUAGUGGCAUUAGCGUUUGGAUCUACAGCGGAGAUACAGAUGGGAUAAUACCAGUUACAACAACUAGGUAUUCAAUGCCCAAACUUGGGGCACCUGUAAAGACUCCAUGGUAUCCAUGGGACUCCCAAGGCGAGGUUGGAGGUUAUGUGGUUGAAUAUCAAAAUGUGACAUUUGUGAGCAUUAGAGGAGCAGGACAUUUUGUUCCAAGCUACCAGCCCGAGCGAGCACUUAUAUUUUUCUCAUCCUUCUUAGAGGGAAAGUUUCCUCCGAAACAGAGCUAAACAGGAAUAAAGAUAAAGGCGAAUAAAGUGUU